GAGACGGAGGGGGAGAGAGAAAAAAAAGAGAGACGCCUCGACGCAUGCGCGCCGGCCUCUGAGGCGAGCGGACGCGCAGCACGGCGGCUGCGCCGCGCGGGGGCUGCCGGGCCGGCGGCUCGAGCGCGCGUCCCGCACGGCGCAGGCGCAGAAAGGCGCGCCGUCGAGGGGCGGAGAAAGAGAAGGAAGAAGCGCCGUCUGAGGCGGCCGCCGCCUCCUCCGUGAGGAACCGAGAAACGGCGGCGGCGGCGGUUUCCCCGGCCAGGCAUGCUCAAAAUGGCCACGGACAAGGAAACCUUCCUCGUCCCGGCGCCUCCUCCCCCGUUGCUGAAGGCCCGGCCGGAAAACGAGACGCCUGAGGGGCCGUUGUUACCGUCGCCGUCGCCUCACGAAGACCCUCAACGCCGGCAAGAGCAGCUCCAGCGGGCCCGUAACGGCUUCCAGACCGGGCCUCGGGCCUCAGGCGGCGGCGGGAGCGGGGGAGGCAAACGUCGCAACAGCUGCCACGUCGGGCCUUUCAAGGCUCCGGCCUUCAAGCGCCGCCGGCGGGUCAACUCGGAGUGCGACCCGGUGCUCCCGUCGGAGUUCCUGCUGGGCGGCAACAUCUUCGACCCGUUGAACCUCAACAGCCUGCUGGACGAGGAGGUGAACCGGGCCCUCAACGCCGAGACCCCCAAGUCGUCCCCUCUGCCGUCUAAAAGCCGGGACCCCGUGGAGAUCCUCAUCCCCAAGGACAUCACCGACCCGCUCAGCCUCAACGCCGCCCAGGAGGACCCUCCCGUCUUGGCUUCGCCUCUCAAAGCCGGGCGGAAGAGGCACCGGCACCGGGGCAACAACCAGAGGGCUUUGGGGGGAUCGGAAGCGGGGGGCUCUUCCUCUUCCUCCUCUGCCCCUCCCACCACCACCAUCACCGCCACCACCACCUCUUCCUCCUCCUCCUCCUCCUCCUGCAGGUCCUGCCAAAAGGCGUCCUGCAACGGGGCCACCCCGCAGCCCUACGAACUCAACACCGCCAUCAACUGCCGGGACGAGGUGGUCUCCCCAUUGCUUCCCCUGGAGGGGGGGGAGCCUCCCCAAGCCCAGCCGGCUUCCAGGAGCACCGCCCUGCCUUCCUCCUCCUCCUCUUCCUCCUCCUCCCACCAUCAUCACCAUCACCACCACCAUCAUCACCACCAUCGCAAAAGGCGCCGGACUUCUAGCAAAUCGGAGGCGGCGUCGGCAGCAGGGCGGGGAGGCAGCCCCCCCCAAGCUGGCUCCCUUCCUCCUCCUGUUCCUCUUCCUCCUCUUCCUCCUCCUCCUCCUCCGCGGGCUUCCCGCCACAAGUUCCAGUACGGCAACUACUGCAAGUACUACGGUUACCGCAACCCGGAUUGCGAGGACGUCCGUCUGCGGUCCUUGAAAGCCGACUGGUUCCGGGGCCGGGAGGUCUUGGAUGUGGGUUGCAACGUGGGUCACCUCAGCUUGAGCUUGGCGAAGAAAUGGCAGCCCGCUCGGAUGGUGGGCCUGGAUAUCGACGGGGCCUUGAUUCGCUCGGCCCGCCAGAACAUCCGGCAUUACCUCUCGGAGGAGGAGCAGCGGCCGUGGCGGCGGCGGCAGCCGGCCCGGGACGGCGACGACGGGGAAGAAGGGCCUAAGAAGAGCUUCCCGGCCUCGCUGACGGCCAGCCGGGGUCCGAUUGCUGCCCCCAGGGUGCCCCAGGACGGGGUGGACGCCACGCUCUUCCCCAACAAUGUCAUCUUCGUCCAG